AUGGGGGAUGAAGUGGAACUUGCCCAAAGUGCUUCUCCCAGUGAAGAUACAAUUUUCGGAAAAAUUCUUCGAAAAGAAAUCCCAUGCAAAUUCAUCUAUGAAGACGAACAAUGCGUAGCUUUCGACGACGUAAAUCCCCAGGCCCCUGUCCAUUUCCUAGUGAUUCCCCGCAAAGCCAUUUCGCAACUCUCAAAGGCCGAAGACACCGAUGAGGCCCUGCUAGGACAUUUGCUGAUCGUAGCCAAGAAAGUUGCAGCUCAACGAGGCCUAGACAAGGGAUUCCGUAUUGUUAUCAAUGAUGGUCCCAUUGGGGCUCAAUCCGUUUACCAUAUUCAUAUUCACGUUUUGUCUGGCAGACAAAUGCAGUGGCCGCCAGGCUAA